UUCCGCAAGUGCAGAAGUCCGUCUUUGCUGUUUCCCGCAGCCGACGGUCUCUCUAAUCACUUCUCUUGUUAUUUACUGAAAAUGGCAUCAGCUUUAAAAAAAACUACUGGGCUGACUGGCCUGAAAGUCUGCCGCAACCCUCACCAAAUUCUGAACAUUUUGCACACCAAGAUCUUACGCUGCUUGCAGAAGAUGCCCCAAGAUGCUGCCUACAGGAAGUACACUGAGCAAAUUGUCCUUGAGAGGGAUGCUGCAGUCAAGGCUGAAGCAUCUGUCCCUGAGCUGGAAAAAAGAGUUGGUGGUGGUCAGGCUGAGGAGCUGAUCCAGCAAGCUGAGCACGAGCUGAUGCUGGCACGCAAGAUGCUCGAAUGGAAGCCCUGGGAGCCGCUAGUCACAGACCCACCCAAGAACCAGUGGAAGUGGCCAAUUCAUUAAGAAAGUCACACGGGUGAUGUGAAGAAAAUUCACCUAGCGUGCGCUGAUAUCUCUUCUGUGGUCUUCCUGUCAAGCUUGAAUACGCGACGUUCCUCUUGCCUUUCAGCGAGUUUGUAAACGGGAAACUUUAGGCGUAUUCGAAUUGUUCUAAGUAUACGGUAUUCAAAUUUUCGGUCUAAGAAAUAUUAGAGAUGUUCAAACAGAAUUUAUCAUCAGAAAUUAGUAUUUAUGUUAGAAAUUCAUGACGCAGGAAUCUGGGAAGUAGUGAUGAUAAUCCUAUUGGAUUUGAAGCGAUAUUUUUCCAGCCGAAAAAAUAAAAGAUGAAUCCUAAAUAGAUUGAAUGAAUUCCCACAGAGGUAACGAGCGUAUGACAAGACAGGCUUUUGUUCAGAAGGAGAACUGAAACAGCUCAUGCCUCGUAUUUUUCAAGUUACGGGAAGCCACGAAGUGACAGCGUUUGUAAAUAAUUCAAUUGAAUAAACGUCCUUAUAUGGUUUUGUA